AAGAAUUACAAUGGCAAACUGCUCUUCAAAAUAAUUUAUAUACUUGUGGUGGGCCUAUUUUACCAGAAGAUCAUCAAUUAUAUAAUAUUCUUUUUGUUCGUAAACAUAUUUCCUGUAAUUCGCCAAUUGAAACAAAUUAUUAUUUUUGUGAACAUGGUGAUAGAAUUCAGCUUUGUUAUUGGUGUAAAACUGAAGAUGGUUUAUCUGAUUUACCUAAAUCAUUAACUAAUCAGUAUAAAAUAGUUUAUACAUGUUGUAAUAUAUGUAAAGAAUUAGAAAAAGAUCAUUUUACUUGUUUGGAUAUUAAAGUUGGGAAAAAUA